AUGAACGAGAAAAAAGUAAAAUUGGGAUUACUAGUAUAUCUCUUUUUUGUUUUGAUUCUAAAAGAGGGUAGCUCGCUUCCCAUUGUACAGCACGGUAUUUAUGGUACAAUAGAAUCCCCGGGUUUUCCUAAAAACUACUCACACAACCUCAACAUCAUGUGGGAAACGUAUGGACCUAUAGAUGCUAUAUCCCUGAUGGUCACCAUUCUUCAGUUUGAUGUCUACCAUGAUCCUAGAUUUCCUUGCAAAGAUCUUCUGACAAUUUUUGAGGUGGAGACAAACUUUGACUUUUUUAACCGAUGUGGAACCAUUCCUAAGACAAACUACAUUGUUCUUGGAAACAAAUUGAAGGUCAUAUUCAAAACCGACGGGGAAAACAAUGCAAAAGGAUUUCAGAUUCACUGGGAAGUCAGAGACUACAGAAAAGAAGGUACAGAUCCAAUUGUCAAGGUUCUAUUCUGUCCCCCGUCUCCAGUUACAACAUAUUCUCCAUUAACCACGGCGGCUCUAACAACUGAUGUUACGACUGAACCACCAGAACACGUGGAGAAGCUGCAAAAUUGUCAUACAUCAACAAUAUCUUAUAUAAAAGAUGGCAUCAUUGGUGUUUUGUCGACAACACUUCUUGUUGUCAUAGUGGCGCUCUGUUGUCAUCAAAGGAGAAGACCACCACCAAAAAUGAGGGCUGAAUACUCCAUCAGUUACAGAUCAUCCGAAUUUUCUUUGUUGGAAACUGAAUCACAAACCAUAUAUGACUACCCUAUGUCACUGGCUACGGAAGCUGUUGAUUACUUGAGAAGCACAACGUCAUCAGGGUAUGCCGUACCGAGACUAAGCAAUACAGACGGCCGCAGUGAACCUCCAAUUUAUGGCAAUGUAAUUGUGGAAUCUGAAAACGAGAAUAUGGAUGUUGAAUGCGAAUAUAUGAAUAUUUCCAUGGCACGCCGACCCGAUGUCGGGAACAGAUUCGAACUAAGAGAAAAAUCUUUACAUCUUGACAAUUCCAUGUCACGGACUGCGAUGUUCUCGUCCAAACGAAGUGCUCAAAAGCGAGGUAAUCGUUCCAAAAAUGAAAGGAACAAAAGCAAAAGAGUAGAAGAAAGUAAUUAUUUAAAUAUAACACCUAAACUGCACUCCUACAUCGAGGUGGUGGAUGAUCGGGCUGAUGCUUUGUUCGGUAAUAGCUUCACUAGUAUGACGUCAUCAGGAUAUUCUAAACCAGUGGAAAACAAAGCCAAACACCAGAGACAAUUGCAAUACUCCAGCAAGAAAGACACAGCAAGAAGAAGCGUUACUUUGAAUUCUUAA